CCUUGUUCUUAUCCAAAAACCUAACACACAUUCUCUCGUCAAUUUGUUAGCAACAAUGACGCACGCUCCUGUGGACAUCUGGAACGGCAACGGACAUGCCUUGGGAGCAUCAUCUCCUAAGAAGGUCGCGUAUUUCUACGAUUCAGAUAUAGGUAAUUUCGCCUAUGUCUCUGGACAUCCCAUGAAGCCCCAUCGCAUUCGGUUGGCGCACUCUUUGAUUAUGAAUUAUGGAGUUUACAAGAAGAUGGAGAUCUACCGAGCAAAACCGGCCACGCGACUCGAGAUGACACAGUUCCAUACAGACGAGUAUAUCGACUUCUUGCAGCGCGUCACUCCCGAGAAUAUGGACAACUUCCAGAGAGAGCAGGGUAAGUACAAUGUCGGAGAUGAUUGCCCAGUAUUCGACGGCCUAUUCGAAUUCUGUGGCAUCAGUGCCGGUGGCAGUAUGGAGGGUGCUGCACGCCUCAACCGCCAGAAGUGCGACAUCGCCGUCAACUGGGCUGGCGGACUUCAUCACGCCAAGAAAUCUGAAGCAAGUGGUUUCUGUUACGUGAAUGAUAUCGUUCUCGGAAUCUUAGAACUUCUAAGAUUCAAUAAGCGUGUUCUUUACAUUGAUAUCGAUGUUCACCACGGCGAUGGUGUAGAAGAAGCUUUCUAUACCACGGAUCGAGUCAUGACGGUUUCCUUUCAUAAAUACGGCGAGUACUUCCCAGGCACAGGCGAACUCAGGGACAUUGGCAUUGGCCAGGGACGAUACUACGCAACAAACUUUCCACUCCGAGAUGGUAUAGAUGACGCAUCAUACAAGUCGAUCUUCGAGCCAGUCAUUUCUAGCGUCAUGGAGUACUAUAAUCCGGAAGCUGUUGUUCUCCAAUGUGGUGGUGACAGUCUGUCUGGCGACCGUCUGGGUUGUUUCAACCUAAGCAUGGAUGGCCACUCCAACUGUGUGAAGUUCGUCAAGAGCUUCAAUCGCCCAACUCUAGUGCUCGGAGGUGGUGGCUAUACUAUGCGCAAUGUCGCCCGCACCUGGGCGUUCGAAACCGGCCUGUUAGUUGAUGCGCAUAUGGACCGAACUCUUCCAUUCAAUGAAUAUUACGAUUACUACGGUCCCGAUUAUACCCUUGACGUCCGAUCGUCAAAUAUGGAAAAUGCGAACAGUCCUGAAUAUUUAGAGAAGAUCAAGAAUCAGCUCAUCGAAAAUCUUCGACGCACUGCACACGCCCCGUCUGUGCAAAUGCAAGACGUUCCUCGUCAUUCUAUGGGCGCAAUGUCCGACGAGGAAGAAGCCGAACUUGAUGAUCUCGAUGACGAUGAGAAUAAGGACGUCCGGAUGACGCAGCGCCAAUGGGAACAGCGCAUAGAGCGCGAGAACGAGUAUGAAGAAAGCGAUAACGAGGAGCUCGAUAGGGCUAAUGGAGUUCAUCGCAACGGAAGCUCUCGGCGGACGUUCAUCGACUAUCGAAACUCGGAUGUCGAACCCGAUAGUGGUGUUGCAACUCCAGCCAAUGGCACCACCGACAGUGUCAUCAAAUCUAAGGAGACCGAUGACAUCGUAAUGGAGGAUGUAGACAAGGCGCCAGAAGGCGACGCUGAUACGGCUGUCUCUUCAAAGCCGGAUGAGAAGGCCGCAAAAGAUGAGGUUCGAGCUACCAGCACCUCCGAACAAGAGCAGGAGGAGGCCCCCAAAGAGGCGCAAGGUUCUGUGAAAUCGGAUAAAGGUGGCAGUGAGAGCGAGAAGACUGCUACUACUGAUGAUGCCAGUCCAGGAAGUAAAGCCGAGCCGACCGAAGAAACUGAUGAGGUCAUGCAGGACGCGGCCGAGAGUAAGAAAUCGCCGGCUGCAGAAGCUGAAAAGUUAUCUUCAACGACGCCGAAUGCCAAGAACCCAUCACCAGAGAAGAUCGAUCAAGAUGGUGAUGUUGACAUGGAUGGACCUGCCGCGGCGUCGGAGCCAACGCAAGACGAUAGCACCGAAGUCAAGAGUGAGCAUUCCGCGGAGACACCAACCAAGCCAGCGGACUCUGCCCCAAAGGAUACGGCAAGCCCUUAGACCGGUCAUAACCUCAUGAUACCCCCCCUUUUCCAUUUCGUUUUUUUGUCUUCAUUGUUUUCGUUAGGAAAAGGAAACUGUAGUAUGGCUAAGCGUAAUCUUGUGCGCAUACGGAAUUUAUAGUUUCCUUUUCGAUGAAUGUACCAUAGCCAAGCAAUGGCGUUCCGGGCAAGGCAGCAUCGUCGGCAGACAGAAGACGCUUGGCAUCUUGACACACAUGGCGCUUUUUUUGCUUAUGCUUUUUUAUCAAUAAAUCUUAGAUUCACAAA